UUGUUUUGGAAACUAGUGUAGCAGAAAGCUAUGAGCUGAUGUUCUAAAAAUGAACGUUAGUGGGUUAGUUCUGUGUUUGUUGGUUGUAGACGUGUCUUGCACUAUUUCCGCGAGUGACAAGAAACCCAGACAGAAGAACAAAUCAAAGAAGCCAGCGUUGAGCUCGGUGGUGGACAGGAAGCUGGUGGUUGAAGCCGCAGCGGCGGCCGACAUAGUGACGGAGAACGAGCGCUACUUCAAGAACACCCAGGUGAAGCACUUCCCGGGGCCGGUGCUGGGGUACGUGACGCCUUGGAACAGCCACGGGUACAGCGUGGCCAAGACGUUCUGCGCCAAGUUGUCGCACGUGUCGCCGGUGUGGCUGCAGGUGCGGCCGCAGGGGGACAGGUACGAGGUGACGGGUACUCACGACGUGGACCGCGACUGGCUGGACUCUGUGCGGCGGUGCGGCAAUGCCUCCGUGGCCAUUGUGCCGCGCGUGCUGUUCGACGGCUGGUCGCGGGGGGCUCUCGCGCGCCUGGGGGCGGAGCCCGGGGAGGUGAAGAGGCUGGCGCAGACGCUGCUCAAGGCGGCGCGGCAGUGGGGGUUCGACGGCGUGGUGCUGGAGGUGUGGACGCAGGCGCUAGGGGCUCUGGGCGCGAGGGGGCUGGCGGACGUGGUGGGGUCCCUGGCGCGCAGGCUGCGGUCCCACGGGCUGCUCGUGGUGCUGGUCGUGCCGCCCGCCAGGGGCCACUCUCCGGAGCUGUUCAACAGGGAGGACUUCCGGGCGCUGGCGGAUGACGUGGACGCCUUCUCGCUCAUGACGUACGACCACGCGUCACCCCAGCGACCGGGCGCCAACAGCCCGCUGCCCUGGGCCCGCGGCUGCGUGGAGAGACUGGCGGAGGCCGGGGACCCGCGCAGGGCCAAGAUCCUGCUGGGGCUCAACUUCUACGGCUACGACUACACCAGCUCCGGGGGGGGCCCCAUCGUGAACCACCAGUACGUGUCGCUGCUGAGGCGGCACGGGGGCCUGCUCAAGUGGGACGACUCGUCCCAGGAGCACUACUUCGAGGUGAAGGACGGCACGGGCCGGCACCUGGUCUUCUACCCCACCCUGUACUCCCUGCACAAGAGGCUGCAGCUGGCCGAGAGUUUGGGCGUGGGGCUGAGCAUCUGGGAGCUGGGCCAGGGCCUCGACUACUUCUACGACUUGUUCUGAGGCACUCAUAGCUGUCCUACUAACACUACCAGUGAUACCGCUCCGCCAACACUUACUUGCUCAGCAAGUUGGCCAACUUGUUACGUUCUCUGUACCUAGCCGAUUUCAACCUUUUUGUUGUAUAAUUGCUCACAUCUUUCUUGGUUUCUUAAACAAGCAGUUCCAAUAAAAUUCUGUAUCUCGUGUCCAAGAUUAUCCCUACAUUCUGAUGGCAUGAUCCUGUAUACAUUGAUCCUGUGGUACAUGAUACUUGCGGUAUUAAUUUGGUAUGAUAAAAGGUCCUGGACAUAACAGAAACUUGUGAUUAGCAAUGAGUUAUGAUUGCAAAGUAUAUAUUUUAUAAAUAUCCUUAAGACUUGGCAUAAUUGGUUUGUAUUGUUUAUUAUGUCCUGGAGUUUUCGACCUAAAUGAAAACAGCAUCUUGUACAACUGGAUCAAGGGACAAACUUGGAUGCAUGAUGCAGAAUAAUCACUGCAUUUCCAUUUGGGGCAUUCCAUAUCAAAUCAACCAAUAAAAUGAUUAUUUUAAACCUUGAGGUUUUGAAAAUGUAUCAUGUUUGGUGAUUAUGUUCUGCUCAUCAGUAUGACCAAAAAUACAAAGUUUAAAUUUUUUUUUGGCCUUUCAUUUUUGAUCUAAAAAUUUUUGAAAAAUUUAAAAAAUGAUAGUUUGUAGAAACAUUUUGAAAUAUUUAAAACCAUGUAACUCUAAAACCGUUUGUCCUAGAAAGCACAAAAAUGUAUCAUUCUCUUUAGACUUAACUUGAAUGUAUCACUUCACUUUAUAUUUUUUUCCAAAGAACUCAAAAAAACUUUUUUUGUAUAAAAAAACCAAAAUUGGAAUUUUAAAUUUUAGUGAAAAAAUAAAUAUUUUAUACCAAACCUUUUUAGUAGGGCCUAAGUCAUUUAAAAUGUUUCAUGAUGGUAUUCAAAUGGUAUCAUAUUGAAAUAAUUUUUUAUGAAAAUUGACACAUGUGAUAAUUAUGCUAAUUCAUGACUUGUUUGUUACAUCAUAAAAAAACUUAUAUACCUAACUUUUUUAUUUAUAUUUGUCUUAAUAAUUGAUUCUCCAUUAUACCUUAAAAAUAAACGUAAGAAAAGUUAGGUAUAAAAAGGGUGAUAAUAGUUUCUUUGGUAAGUAUAACAACUGGACCUAACGGUAGUUUCUCAAGCAGUGACAUGUUUCUUUCCUGUCUCAACUUGCAACCCUUAGCUUCCUCUUACUAGAGCUCUUGUCUUCUGUCAUUGUGUUGUGAGUUGUCUCUGAGUGAACAAGUGCUUUGUGCAUGUUCAUAAGAGACAAAUGGAUAAACCGUGGGGUAAAUAUUGUUGCAAUCCUUUAAAUAAAGACAGGCAUUGGGUAACUAAAAACCCUAAGGAAUGUCACACCAAGAAUGACAAAGCUAAAUUAUUGAUGAUGGAAUGAGAAUUUGCACUUCUUGCUGGUUAGAGUUAAAUGAGAAACAAUCAUACUCAAGUUCUGAAAGUGUAACAAAUAUUCAUAAUGAACCAUUGGCUGAAAAUGUAAAUACAAAACCGGGCUGCAGCAAAGAUGAUCCUGAGUGUAUGGAUAUAGAAUCAGGUAUAGAGUCAUUCCGUGUGAAAUCACCAAGUUGAGGUUGCUCGACUAUUUUUAAAAAAAUUAAUAUUUUUACCACAUAUAACCUUAUCAAUGGGUAGUUCAAAACCAUAUUCAUUUUAUUUUUGUGUGCCACCAUUUUCAGUAGAGGCUUGUAUAUCUUCCCAAGUGCGUGCUCUAACAGUGGUUUGCAGUGGUUUCAAUAAAAGGUCAUUGUUGACAUUGUAUUAAAGAUAGAAGGUUCUGGUCUUCACUGAAGUAAAGUAAACAUUGUAUGGUUACCAAAAAUGUCUAGAAAUAAAGAUAUAAUUUUGUUUAACCUUAUGUGAAAUGACCUUGAAAUUUGUCAAAAAUGUUAUAAAAAUUCCAUUUUGAACAUUUUUUUAAAGUGACUUGGAGUUGGAACCACAGGGCAAAUAUUUUUUUGCAAUAAGUAUGGAUGGCAGACUUUCCAGAAAAAAUGAGAUAAUGUGUGGGUUUAAACUCCUUCCUGGUUUUCUGUUGCAUUAAACUUCUAAAAUUUUCAUUUUUUUGAGUUUUUCAAGGUCAAAUAUCUCAAAAGGGGGACCAGGUAAAAUUUUUCUGUUUCCACUAUUUAGUACACCUACUGGUACUUAACAAAUUCUGCAAGUUUCAUUUUGUGGUUCAAACAGGUGUAGAAGUUACAGGCUUUGAAACUUGGGUAAAAAGUUGCAUUUUACGUAGAAAAUAAAAAUUAACAGUGGCUCAUGUUCACAUAGUCUUUUAGUGAUUUUACCUUUAAGUUAAAACAAUUUGUAGUGCUAAUAAUAAAAAACAUAAAACUCACCCUAUUACAUUAUCCAGAUUUGCAAACCACAAAAAAAAAUGUCAGCUGCAACAGAUUUAUUUUACAAGUUUGACCCGCAGUUUCUGAGAGAGUUCUAUAUUUUUCUCUUCAGUUAUAUUAAAUGUUCUACCUGUUAUAGUAGUGAACUCUGUAGGUUUCAAAAUGUCUAGAACAUUCUUCAUCUCCACCCAUAAAACAUCAUCUUUUGUUUUACUGAAGCUUGUAGAUGGACCACCUGGUGUGUAGAAGACCACCUUGAUAUCACUGUUUUCUUGAGAAACCUCACAAACUCUACCAAUAUACCAUCUGUUAUCAUAAACACACACAACAAUGUCGUUUACUGAGAUGUCACUAAUGUUAAAAACACCAGUAGUGCCAUCAAUUGGAUAUUCUUUGUGUUUCGUAUCAAACGAUGCUGAAAUGAUGCUGUAUUGUAUUGUUGAUGUGUUCUUCGGUUUAAAACAAUGUUGAUCUCUAGUGCUUAAAAUUCUUUUAGCAUUAUCAAACCUGCUUUUUAAGUGAAGAUCUGCCUCCUGAACUUCUCUUUCUCCCACAAACACAAAAUUUAUUCCUUUUAUGUUUUCCACACAAAAUUGAAACAUACUCAUUGGUGUUAUGAUAUGGCCUUCUUUCGGUCGCUGUAAACUUGUCUUAGCCACCAGUCGCUUGACAGUUCCACCAAUACCAUCACAAGGCCCCUUUCCAUGACUUGUUGCAAAGAAAUGCCACUCUGCUUCUAAUCCAAAAUCUUCUUUAUGCUUGCACAAGUUAGAAAAAUUGAACCUGUUCUUGUAUUGAGCAGCCGAUCCAUCAGAAAAAUAGGCAACUCGAUUCAAAUUAGGAAUAAGGGACUUAACAAAGUGUAUCAACUUUGUUUGGAAUGUGUACACAGCAACUGUGUUAUGAUUCAUACAGUCACUUAUAACACAAAGGCUCUUAGUACACAAAUUCUUAGCAUCAUCUCUGUAGUACACACAGAAGGGAUGAAUUGUGGCCUGAGAAUUCAUCCAAUGAUAACUCUGGAUCUCAUCUUGGAUGAUAAAUGUAUAGUUUUCUGAGAAAUCCAGAAUUAUUACACAUUCAUCACUUUGUAGAUUCUCUUUCUUACUUUUCAGAAAUUGUGAUUGACUCUGCGAGAUGAAAUGGUGUUUCUUCAAUGCCAUUAGUUUACUAACAAAUUUCUCUUUGAAUUCAGCAUGUGGUUCUACUAUCGUUACAAGGUUGCAAUGGUCUGCUACUAUCCACUGACUGUAUGUGAUAUCGUCAUCAUCACUGACACCCUGCAAUAGUUCAUCUACUUUCAGGUUUCCUACUUCAGGACAAUUUGGGCACUCUCCAAACAUACAAUCUUCACUAUUUAAAUCACACACAAUAUUUUCAAGAAGGACCUUCCAGUCAUCUGUUUUUACUGCCAUAGUCAUUAGUUUGAAAUUUUGGUGAAUUGAACAUACACAAACAGAAUGAGUGCCACUAGCUCCUGCAAGGAUGCACCACUUGGGACGCAGAAUACAGAAUGUAGAAAACCCAACCUUUACAGAUUGAUGCUCUUCUCUAAACUUUUGGUAUAGUUCUUUUAAAUUACACAGAAUUAAACGUUUUUGCUUUAGUUCUUUCUUCCCAUCAUCAAGACGAACCGAUUUUGUAUCCUUCAUUCCAGGACAGAUUCUACUAACUUCAUCGUUUUCAUAAAAUUGAACAACGAGAUCUCUAGUUUCUUGAGGCAAUUCUUUCCCUUUUUUCUUAGAUGUGAGCUGUGGAAUAACACCACGUUCCUUAACAAUUUCACGUGUUCUUCUAACCAGAUAUUCGCUUACAUCUAACUCAUGUGCAGUUCUUUUCAUUGACCAGCUUUUUGGCACUACACUAAUGACUUGUAUUUUCUCAUUGUUGGAUGUACAGGUCUUAAUUCUUUUCUUGAGAUUUUCAAUAUGAAUUUCCAUGUCUUUUAUUGCAGUAUCAGCUAUUUCUUCAUCAUCCUCAUCUUGAGACUCACAGGUGAUGGUAAAAGUGUCGCUUAAUUUUUUCUUAAUUGCACAAGAAAAUUUGCUCACAGUUCGUCUAACUUCUAGAUUUUUUUUGUAUCACUAAGUUUAAUAAUUUUAGUUGGGGAAACUCCUAAAGCAGAGCCAGCUUGAUUGAUAGACUCUACAACAAUUUCAGGUGCGGUGAAUAGUUCUUCGUUAUCACAGUUGCUAGUACUAGUACCUAAAUUCCCCUCAACAUUACUUGAAAGUUUUUUAUGACAAGAGCAACAAACAGAUUUGCCAGGAAUCAGUGAUGGCCAUCUUUCAGACAACUCUACAGUUAUUUCCCUUAACUGUUUUUUGAUAACUUUUUUAUGGUAUGAAAAUGGAUCGCAACACGAAUUUCCAAAAAGAUGAUUAUACUUGUCCAGAUAUUUUUUUUCGUGGAAAGUACACACAUUAACAAUGUUAUGUAACUUACUUCUUUUCUUAAGAAGGUCAAUUUGCGAUUUAGUGAAGUCUGAUAAUAAUUUUAGGUAAUACUUGCCAUAUGAAUCAUUUUCACAAUCUUCAUGUGUAAAAGUACCCAAAGAACACUCCAUACUUCUGGUAGAUAGUUCUACGUAGUCACUUUGAGACAGAAACUGCAGGUAACAACUAAGUAGCUCACUUCAAUGCAGAAUUGUAACACAUACCAGCAAUACUUGUGUGGAGCCAAAUAAACAAUAUUAGAGUAGACAGCACAUACAAAACCACAGAACACAAACACAUCUUUACUCCUUGGCAGCAGACACAAGACUAAAGUGGUUGGCUGCAAUGCACAUAUAUUCAACUUGUCACAACUUGCUCUUUGGAUGGUUACAUCAGGUUUGCUUGUCACAACUUGUCCAUUCAUGCCUCCUUACAAAAUGAUUUAUUUUUAACUUUCCAUAUGUUACAACUCAAAGCCUUAUAUUAUAUUUGCACUUCAUAAGAAAUAAAAUAAACAUUAAUAACUGUUACACAAUUUGAUUACAGUCAAGUAAUUAGAGCUAAAAUAUUACAACUUUUUACCUAAGUUUCAAAGCCUUUAACUUCUACACCUGUUUGAACCACAAAAUGAAACUUGCAGAAUUUGUUAAGUACCAGUAGGUGUACUAAAUAGUGGAAACAGAAAAAUUUUACCUGGUCCCCCUUUUGAGAUAUUUGACCUUGAAAAACUCAAAAAAUGAAAAUUUUAGAAGUUUAAUGCAACAGAAAACCAGGAAGGAGUUUAAACCCACACAUUAUCUCAUUUUUUCUGGAAAGUCUGCCAUCCAUACUUAUUGCAAAAAAAUAUUUGCCCUGUGGUUCCAACUCCAAGUCACUUUAAAAAAAUGUUCAAAAUGAAAUUUUUAUAAAAAUUUUGACAAAUUUCAAGGUCAUUUCACAUAAGGUUAAAAAAAAUUAUAUCUUUAUUUCUAGACAUUUUUGGUAACCAUACAAUGUUUACUUUACUUCAGUGAAGACCAGAACCUUCUAUCUUUAAUACAAUGUCAACAAUGACCUUUUAUUGAAACCACUGCAAACCACUGUUAGAGCACGCACUUGGGAAGAUAAACAAGCCUCUACUGAAAAUGGUGGCACACAAAAAUAAAAUGAAUAUGGUUUUGAACUACCCAUUGAUAAGGUUAUAUGUGGUAAAAAAAUUAUUUUUUUAAAAAAUAGUCGAGCAACUAUUUAAUUAAACAUUUGGUGAUUUCACACGGAAUGACCCUAUAGAUUUUUUGAAUGCCUCAUUGAUAUCAAUAGGAGAAUCAACUGUUGUUAAAAUAAAAUGUAAAUCAAAUAAGAAAUACUGUUAUGAAAAACUUGACAAAAUUAAAUUAAUAUUUAAUGAAACUUUUUUCCAAGCUGGCAGCAUAGAAAAGGAUAACAAGAAUCCACCAGACAACUCGCAGACAGAAAUUCUUAAUCAGCUAAAAGAAAAAUUUGCAACAGCAAGCAAGAGUGAAAAACUUCGGAUUUUAGCAAUUUUACCAACCAGUUAGUCUUGUGCAAGAAUGGAAUGUGAACUAUACGGCGAGGAAAGCAAAAAAAAAACUCGUUGAAGAGAAGGGUGUGCUAUUGACACCUGAUCCAAAACAUGUGCAAAAGACCUUGCGAAACAGGUGUCUUGGUAACAUAAUAUUAUAAUGAUGAAGUGAGAAGGCAAAUGUCGGGGGAAAAAAGAUUAUGUCUCCAUGGGUAAGGACACUGAAAAUAAGCCAAUCCAUGUUCAAAAGAAGGUUGAUUUUGGGAAAUUUGUGUGAGAUUUACAAUAUUUUCUAAUCAAAAUUCCCUUAUUUAAAAAUUGGCUCUUCAUAGUUUGCAGAACUGAGGCCCAAGAACUGCAUUAUUGCUAUGGCUAUUCUGUCUAUUUUUUCACUGCACACCAGAAUAUAGAACUCAUGUUUUCAGGAGGUAGGUUAAAUAAAUUGACACUUCCUGGCUCUGAGAGUUCUCUAUCGAUUUACAAGGAAUGUAUGGCUAAAGUUAUGUGCAAUCCACCAUCCACCAUUACAGGCAUGGAUUACUGUUGACUGAUGCAAUUUUGAAACAGUUAACUACCAAACCAUUUGAUGAGUGUGUUCAAGAACUUGGCAAUCAAUUGAGAAAUCUUAAAACACAUGACUUUUGCUAAACAACAAUCAAGGUUUUUCUCUGAAAAAAAGUUGGAAGUAAGUAAAGCUGUAGUCACAUUUGUUUUUUGCCGAAAAUCAUUUGUUUGUUCUACAAGAUGAAGCUCAAUGUGCUGCCUUUUUGAUGAUGGUGCUUCCAAAAUGUGCUGCCUUUUUGAUGAUGGUGCUUUCAAAAUGUGCUGCCUUUUUGAUGGUGGUGCUUCCAAAAUGUGCUGCCUUUUUGAUGAUGGUGCUUCCAAAAUGUGCUGCCUUUUGUUGAUGGUGCUUCCAAAAUGUGCUGCAUUUUUGAUGAUGGUGUUUCCAAAAUGUGCUGCCUUUUUGUUGAUGGUACUUCCAAAAUGUGCUACAUUUUUGAUUAUGCUUCCAUUGGGUUUCAUUGGAACAAUUCUAUGGCUUCUGUGCACCCUUUUUUCAUAUAUUUCAAGGAAGCAAUCACGAAACAGGAAAACAAGAGCUAGCGCACCAGAGUUUUGUAUUUAUAUCAGACUGCCUAACACUCAAUACUGUCAUUGUUUAUGCUUUACAGAAAAAGUUAAUCCUAUUCCUGAGAAAUUAUAUUAUUAUUAUUAUUAUUAUUAUUAUUAUUUGAAAAAGCUGUACUAUUUUUCAGAUGGUUCUGCUGCACAGAUCACAAAUUGUAAGAAUUUUCUGAACUUUUGCUAUCACAAGAGGACUUUAAUGGACUUGAGGCUGAGUGGCACUUCUAUGCUACAUCACAUGGGAAGGGAGUUUGGGAUGAAGUGGGGGGAGGGGGGGGGGGUUAUGGUAAACGUCUUGCUGCCAAAGCCAGCCCUCAAAAUCCAUUAAAAAGCCAUUUUCUAACACCUUUUCAGCUUUUUCAGCGGGAUGUAAAAAUUUUUUCAUCCAUUAAAUUUUUUUAUGUAACCAAUGAAGAGUAUAAAAGUGAAGAAAAGAUUCUAAAACCAAGGUUUAAAAAAGCUGUGGCAGUCCCUAGGACCCAGAAAUUCCAUGCCUUCAUCCCUCUAGAUCUAAAUAGGGUCAAAUCCCAAAUUUAAAUAAUAUCCUGAUGAUUCAGAAACGCAUAAGGUACAGAUCAGCUCUGGUGAUGAAGACAUUCCACAUGAAGAAAUUUUGGGGGUUUUGACGCUUUUGCUUACGAUAAGGAGUGGUGUUUGGCGCAAGUUGACUCAAAAGGUGAUGUUGAAAAACAAGUUUGUGUUUCCUUUCUUCGCCCAAAAAGGACCCGUCACCAUCAUUCACAUAUCAUAGGAGAGCAGAUACCUUAGCACUGCCAAUAAACUAUAUUUUUGUGGAAAUUACAUCCAACCACAGCAACAGGUAGAACCUGCCAAGAACUAGCAGAUGAGAUGGCCGAAGCAGCUCAAGUUUUGACAAAGAAGAUAACUCAACCUUUACUAAUUUUAAAAACUGUUCCUUGAGUGUAAAGUAAGUUGAAUUUUUUGUUUAGAAAUAAAUGGGUAAAAUGAAAUUUAAAUUUAAAUAAAAUUAAGGGUUGUUUAAAAGAUUAAUUUUUAUUUAGGCUAACAAGUAAUGAAUUAACAGAAUUUCCAUAUGCAUUAAUUUACAUUAAAAAAUCAUUUCGAUAUGAUACCAUUGGAAUACCAUCAUAUGUACACAACUUAAGAGGUUUGGUAUAAAAAAUAUUUUUUUUUCAUCAAAAUAAUAAUUCAAAUUUUUGCUUUUUAUAAAAAAGUUUUUUUGAGUUUUUUUGGAAAAAAUAUAAAGUGAUGUGAUGCACUCAAGUUGUGUAUCAAAUUAAAGUCCUUGGCAUGCUAAAGAGAAUGGCACAAAUUUGAGCUUUCUAGAACAAACAGUUUUAGAGUUAGUUGAUUUUAAAUAAAUCAAAACAUUCCUACAAACGAGUUUUUUAAUUUUUCAAAAAUUUAUAUCUCAAAAACCAAAUUUCAGUAUUUUAUUUAUCUGUGAAGCUAAUGUUUUGACCUUUGGUUGAUUUGGUGUGGAAUGACCCACCCAUUCUUUAAAAUAGUCAGUUGAUUCCAUUAGCUAAUUUUUUAUCAUAAUUUUGUAUGCUUUUGGUUCCAUGGACAAGCUACUUCUUUUGAAUCAAAAUACUUCGUGAGGUGAUAAGCUACCAUAUUUAGUUGGAAAAUAAUAUAUAUGGCAUAUUACAAUGUUAAAACACAACAAAGUUUUCUGAGGAAGUGGAUAGUAAUAUAUAGAGACCGGAAAAAUUCGCGAAUUCAUUUCGCGAUAGGCUAAAAUACAAAUAGUUAUACCUCAGUGCUGCCUCUGCUAUUGGCUCACAAUUCGCCUGGAUGACUCUGAGCCAAUGAGAAACACCCAACCAGAGCUGUAUCGAAUCACAGGCUGCUACGUUGGGACGUCUCACAAGACAGCAGCCAAUGAGUGGGUGACUUUUGACCGAGUGUACGUAGAACUAUGGAGUUCAUCCCACAGGUCAUUGAACCCGCGAAUUUUUCCGGUCCCUAGUAAUAGAAAUAGUCAGUAAAACACACAGUCAUUGUAGCAAGGCGUUGCGACAGCGGGUGUGGUUUGCAAUGCUGGUUGCUUCUGACGUAGCGACUCGACGCGUGCCCGAGCCUGCUAGGUACUCCGUGCCGGCCCAACCAGACCUCGGGGAAUCCUUGCCACGUGGUUGUGUUCAGGCGUGACUUGCGAUUCGUCCAAGGCAGUCCACAUGCCACUGCGUGUUGCUUAAUGCUGGGUGAUAUGCACAUUUUUUUGGGAUCAAAGGUUGCAAUGUUUAAAAGGCUGUGAAAUCAGUGUUGAAAGUGAAGUCUUGGUGUUAAUAGGAGGAAUGAGACCAAAUACUAAAUAAAGAAAAUCUGUCAAAAUUAGGAUUUGUUUCCCUCUUUUAACGAUGUGUUAUGUUCAGUUAUUACUAGAGAAUAUAUUUUAUGGUUUUAAAUUUAAUCCUAUUUAAUUUUUAGAACAGUGUGUGUUAUUGUUCGUGUUAUUGUUUUUUAUUUUUAUAAAUACUCUUUUGUAAUACUUACUCCACUAAACUAGAGUAUAAUGCUGCAUUUUUAUGAUAAAAGAAUUUGUAAUAAAUUGGUCCAAAACAGACAACUACAGACAUCGAUUGGGAGAGCGUUUGUGGUUUGAAAGUGAUAAUGGGUGCACAAUAAAAGAAAUUAAAUUAGUUUUUUUAUGAUCCAUGAACAUUUGUACAUUUUUUUUUGUCCUGGAAAUAAUGACAUUCCUUGAAUUUCAAAAAUUAAAAGUUUUUUUUUUUUUUUUUUUUUUUUUGUGAUUUAAAUUAAGUUUUGGUUACAUGCUGCUUAAUUCCAUGAUAUAACUUGCUUUUUUGUGCUCUUGUGUAUUAAUUUGCAUUUUGGUGUUGUGCUUUUCUGUGUUAUUUUGGUUUUAUCACAAAUGGCCAUAUAAUCUUGUUCCUAGUUAUUGCAUAUAUACAACAGGGGCGUAGGAACCGGGGGGGACAGGGGGGGACGUGUCCCCCUGAACUUUUUGGUUGGGGGGGACUGUCCCCGCCAACUUUCUAGACUGUGAUAUUUUUAUUUUAUAAUAUUAUUUUGCCCAACUUUAUUUGUAAUUUCUUCACUCAUCAAAUUUUAUCUUAAGGAAACAAUAAUAAUUUUAACAUCGAUGAUUCCAAUGGUUAGAUACAAAAACUGCUUAAAAAGCGCUAUUUUGCACUUUUAAAAUCAAAAUUUUCCUGUGGAGGACCCCCGGCCCCUUCAUCUUAGUAAGAAGGGAAUGGGUUUACAUGACAUCAAAAUCAUUAUUUGUCCCCCCCCCCCCCCCCCCCCCCAACUUUAUGAACACAGCUACGCCAAUGAUAUACAAUACUUGUGAAAAGAUGUUAGAUAUCACAUAAUUUAUUUAUUAAUUUUUAAAAGUCUUAUUUUAGCUUCAUUUGGCACAGUUAGGCAUGUUUUGUGUUCACUUAUGACACAUUAACAGCACAAAAUAAUAAGAAUAAAAUAUAAAAUUACACGAUAACAUAAUAUAACUUCUAUUAUUGAUAUAUCAUUAAUGGCUACCUACCUAAUAAUAUCCAAAUUUCAUACUAUCAUAAACUGUAAAAAAUUUUUGACUAUUUAUAAACUGAUAUUAAAAUAUUAAAAUUCUUAUUUAUAUUGCCAUUCACUCUUUCACUCACACUUGUCUUGGUUAGGAAUCUGCAAAUAUAAGGUGGCAGUUUUUCAGUAAGUGAAGGAGGUUGACAUAUAUUAAAAUAAAAUAAUUUUGUUUCAGUUUCUAGAAGCAGUGUGCAUAGUCCAUUCCAGCUAGACUGAGCAUUUUGAUAUCAGCUUCUGACAGUAAUGUGUGUCAACUGACACACAAAAUUCUACAUAAUCAUAGUCUAUCUUGGUUUACACUUGAAACAGAAUAAUUUGCUUUUGUUGUGCAAACCAUUUUAAGUAGUGAAAUUUGUAGUAGGUAUUGAUUUUACUGAUUUCUAAAACAAUUUUACAUUGCACCUAGAUUUAUGUUAAUUCCCCAAUUAAAAAAAGUUUUCUUUUUUAUUAAGAUUGUUCAUACAAACGUGAAAAAUAAUUAAAAAUUUAGAUUGAUGGAUAUGCAUUUACCCUAUCAAAAUAUUGAAAUACAAACAUGAUGACACUUAUACUAGAAUCCCAAAUACCUGACGUCGUCCGGGCCUGCGGCCCCUUUGAGCCCGAUAUGACACCGCCCAACCACCGUCUCUAUUCAAACCUCCCGCUCGUGCGUGCGUGUGUGCGUGUGUUUCCAGCCCAGCAAGAGGGCGCUUAGAUGCAGUGCGCCGCACCCCUAAAUGUGUAAUUAAUAUUGUAACCCUUUUUCUUUCAUUCUUUUGCCCCAGUGUUUUGUAAUCAUGUGUUUCUUCAAUUUAAAUAUUAUGUUAAUGAUAAAACUAUAGACGUUGCCCGGGCGGACCCGAAUAGGCACGGACUUGGACGAGGGUAGAAAUGUUUUAUAAUAAUUCUCAAUAACUACGUAAACAUUAAUGUAUUUUAAAUUGCCAGUAAUUUUUAUAUAUUUAUUAAUGUAAUCUAUUAUUUACUUAACUUUCGCCGGGGCACGGAAUCGCAGGAUGUUGUAACGGUAAUUGUGUUCGGCGCGAAGGGCGCCAUGUUGCCACCUGCAAACCAUGAUCUUAUCCCAGUCGUUCUCUCCCGCCAGCCGAGGGCGGUCGUGUCGCUGCCUUGAGGCGACCACGUGCGUGCUCAGCCUCCUCUAAGCCGAUUCGUGCCCCGGGCAUUUUUAUCAGUUGUACCAGUGAAGGAACGUGUACGGAAAUAAAUCGUGAGUACAAUAAACUAAUUAACUGUG